GGGGCGGGACAUGGCGGGGCGGUGAGGGGAGAGUUCGUUAUACAUGAGCGGGGACGUCGCAGAACGCGAACAAUGUCCGGGGAGGGACCCGGUGGGUCUGUUUCGGGCUGGGCACGUCGUGAAGAUAUGUGCCCCGAUGGUUCGCUACUCCAAGCUGGCGUUCCGCACCCUGGUCCGGCGGUACGGCUGCGAUCUGUGCUACACCCCCAUGGUUGUGGCGGCCGACUUCGUGAGGUCAGCCAAAGCCAGGGACAGCGAGUUCACAACAAACAGAGGUGAUAAUCCAUUGAUCGUUCAGUUUGCUGCUAAAGAAGCACAAGUUUUAUGUGAUGCUGCCCUUCUCGUCUGUCCUUUCGCAGACGGAGUAGACCUAAACUGUGGCUGUCCUCAGAGAUGGGCAAUGGCAGAAGGUUAUGGUGCUUGCUUAAUAAAUAAACCGGAGCUGGUUCGAGAUAUGGUGAGACAUGUACGGAAUCAGAUCGACAAUCCUCGGUUUUCAGUAUCUAUUAAAAUAAGGAUACAUGAAGACUUAAAAAAAACAGUAGACCUGUGUAAAAAAGCUGAAGCAACUGGAGUUUCAUGGAUUACAGUACAUGGGAGAAAUAUAGAAGAAAGACAUCAGCCAGUACAUUAUGAUGCAAUUAAAGUAAUUAAAGAAAGCAUACACAUACCUGUUGUGGCUAAUGGAGACAUUAAAACAUUAAAAGAUGCUGAAAAUGUUCAUCACCUGACAGGAGCAGAUGGUGUAAUGGUGGCUAGAGGACUCUUAGCAAAUCCGGCUAUGUUUGCAGGAUACGAAGAAACACCUCUGAAGUGCAUCCAGGAUUGGGUUGACAUUGCUCUUGAGCAUGGAACUCCUUUUACAUGUUUUCACCACCACUUAAUGUACAUGAUGGAACGGAUAACUUCAAAACAAGAAAAGAAAGUUUUCAACAUUUUGUCAAGUACCUCAGCAGUUCUAGAUUACCUGGGUCAUCAUUAUGGUGUGUGUAGCUGAAAGCAUUUCAGUUGUAUGUAAACUCGUACUUCACAAUUGCUGACAUAUUGCUACUUGGGCUUUUACUGAUUAAAUCCAUAACACAGUGAAAAUAUUUUCAGUACAGCUUAAUACUGAGGUCAGGCUGAUAGUUUAUAUUUUUCGUGUUUUUACAUUGGCAUAUUUAACAAAAGAAAUAUUCCACAUUCCACAAACGUGUAAUUCUAUUUACAAUGCAUUACUGUACAGAGGAUUGGCUAUUAUGUGACUGUGACUGCAGUGGUUUAAUUUAUUUUUCACCAGACAGUUGCUUACAGCAGUAAGCAAAACUAAGGCCUUUUUAUAGUGGAAUUCCCUAAAAUUAGGACUACUCAUAAAUAAUAAUAAAAAUGUAUGACCAAAAGAAUACAAAGGGAGCAAUUAUAGAAAUAUUUGCUUUAACUGACAAAAGACAUAUGAUGUGCUUUUAAAUUUUAGUAGAAUUUUCCAGCUUAAAGACUGUGAGACUUUGAAGUCCGGCACUGUCCCCUCUUAAAUGAGAUGUUCCUUUUGCGAUCUAAAAUCUUCUAAAUCUAUAACUCAGAAAAAUUCUACCAUUAAUAUAAUGAAAGAAACCUGUAAUACAUAUAAGAUGACAGGAGGGAGGAGAGAGUAAAAUGAAGAGAGUUUAAGUACAGACCUAGAUGGAUCUAGACUACAAGACUUGAAAGUUCAGUGUAACCAAAUACAGUAUUGGUUAUCUACUAUAUAAUAAUCCUAUGAAAGAUUAAAAUGCAGUAAUCUACCAAACCUGAACUUUGUAGGCCAAAGAAAAGCUGAUAGAUUCUCUCAGUAGGACUCUUGCAUCCUUUCUGCAGGCAUGUUGCUUAUCAAAGCAUGACAGCUGUUUCACUUUGGAUCUUUGUACAGGAGGAAAACAGUGAAAGUCAGAACAAGACAAUAACAUUGCACACCAGCUGCAUUUGUUCUGCAAGGGAAAUUUCACAAGCCUGUGCAGUACAAUUAUUUGUAAUCAAAUAAUUUGUUUCCUUUCCUAUGUUUACAUAGAAAUUGAUAGAAGAAAUUGCUUAGGUUUUUUAACUGGUACUUCUGUGCAUAUACAAGUGAAUGGUUCUGAAUUUUCUAAAUAAAUUACUUGCUUUUGUA